AUGGCUUUCGACGUACCCAGUAACGGUGGCGAGGCGUUCGCGCCUCUGUUGAACUACAUGUACACCGGGCGGUUGGAGGUGACGUUGGACAACGUCUACAGCGUGCUGCUGGCUACGCAUCUGUUGCACAUGCCGGGAGCUCUGGAGCAGUGCAGAGCGGCCCUGCUGCGGCUGAGAGGUCCGCCGCCUCUACCGAUGGGACCCGCCUCGACGCUGAUGUCGACACCGGGGUCCGGGAGCAUCCUGAGGCCGAUACCCAACCGGCUCAUGAUAGAUCCCGGCAUCUGCUGGCCUCCCGCGACGUCCCUCUACCCGCCUGCCGCGCCAGCGCCCAUCGGCAUACCUCACCUGCAGCCUCAGCUGCAGCCGUCCGUCCUCCUGCAAUCCACCGUCCCACUCGGCGUCACGGUCGCGCCUACUUGCAGCGUCCAGGAGACGCAAACCUCCGCCCGGUAUAGCAAGGCUCCGUCGCCGGCGGCGUUCCAGGUGGAGAGGAGCCCGAAGUCGCAAUCGAGCGUGCCGAGAGAGGCUAAGCAGAGGUCGCCGGAGAACGGGAAGAGGUCCUCGGGCUCGCUGCCGUUCGUCGCUGCAGCGUUUACAGGUUUCGCUGGGAGGGCGCCGUCGCCGACGCCUUCGGUCUCGCCGACGCCGUCCUCCGCGUCACAGUCGUCGGUGCCCUCCUGCCGGAGCAAGAAGUCCGAGCAGCAGGUCCGGGAUGGCGGGAGACGGUACAAGGAGGAGCUGGACCACGAGACGGGUAAUUCGGAGGCUGUCGGUCGGGUGUCGCCUGCUAUCGCGAGCCAGCGUCGCGAGAGGAGCGUGGAGGUCCUGUCCGUCGCGGAGAACGAUCGAGCCAAGUCGUCCAAGAGGAGAGGCCGAGGAGGAGAGAGCUCUUCCAGCGGCGUGUCGUCGGUGGUGUACGACGUGGCCUGCUGCGACGGACCGGUCAAGUUCCACCGCGUUCUCAACGAGAAUUACUCCAACCCGGCGCAACAACAACGUGUCCAGAGGUCGUGCUUCGAGCCCGAGAACGACGAGAACGGGAGACCUCAGGCCGCCAGGAUGGCCGGUGACCCCGCAGAGUCCGGCACCGAGGCCAACACCGGCACCGAGAGCUACACCUGCAGCUACUGCAGGCACACCUUCAAAUCUCAGUACUGCUACAGGAAGCACACCAAGAGGCACCUGCUGCCCACCAGGCUCAACGAGUCGCCGGGGAACAACACGCAACGCCAGGACGUGCGGCGCGCCAGAAGGGAGGUGCGGCUGCUGGACCUGAACGUUCAGUACUAUCCCUGCAAGAUCUGCGGCUGCAAGUUCCCUAGCUACUACUUCGUCCACAAACACAGGAAGCUCUGUCACGCCAACGCGGAGGAGAGGCAGCGAGCCGAGGACACCAACGCGCCAGCCGACGACCGAGAGGCCACUUCGAUCACCAACGACAGGAAAUAA